CAUAUUUUCACAAGUAUUAUAAAACGUUUUCACAUUUUCCAUAUCUAAAAGAUUUUUCCUGUUUUGACUUUCAGUCGUAAAUGCACUGCCAUCGAGUCGAAACAUUGCAUUAGACUUGCAUUUACUCGAAUGAGUGUACGGUUCGGGAAUUUAUAGGACCAACAUAAGAAAGUUCGUUUGGCUAUUAUGGUCGCUGCGUCUAGUGAGUGGUCGAAUACAAAAACAGCUGCAUACGGAGACGACGAGACGCGACGCGACGCGUAAAUCAUCCAUAACAAAAAAUAAGUCAAAAAUAAAUAAUAAUGAACUAAAAUAAAAAAAAAUAUUAAAAUACUUUAGAGAUAAGAAAUAAUAUUGCCACCAAAUGUGUGUAGAGUGUUUAAAAUAUUGAUAUUAUUUUUACAAGUGCCUUCUGAAUUGAGGAAGCUAGUGAUAAUUAAGUGCAAAAUAAUUAACUUAAGUACAAUAAAAGUGAUAAAAAGUAUUAAUUUGAUUUAAACAACAUCCAAAAUUAGAAAAACAAUAGUACAUAAUGGAUUUCGAUCAAAUUUUGGAAGAAAUCGGCGAAUUUGGUCGGUAUCAAAAGACCAAUUACCUGCUCAUCUGUUUACCGGUAAUGUUUGCGGCAGCGAAUAGUUUGUCGUAUGUGUUUACUGCUGGGUCGCCGGCUUACAGAUGCUUGAUUCCACAGUGCGAUGAUCCAAUCGCACCACAGCUUCAAACACACUGGCUGGCAAAUGCAACACCGGGCACGUUCGAUAAGCAUGGGCACUUCACACCGCAAAAUUGCUAUCGUUAUAAAGCAAUUGGUGACAAUAUAUUUAAUGAAAGUCACGCAAAUGAAUGUCCAAUGGAUGCUUUUGAUCAUAACAUCCGAGAGCGCUGCAAUGCUUGGGUAUACGAUGAUGAGGAACGGACCAUUGUACAAGAAUGGGAGCUGACCUGCAAGGAAAACGCUUGGAAACUUGCUUUUGUGGGAACUAUGCAUUUCGCUGGCCUAGUAGUUGGCACAGCAAUCUCUGGUUAUCUUGCGGAUCGUUUUGGCCGCAAAAAUAUAUUCAUACUCUGUAGUGUCUUCAUGGCCAUCACAGGCAUUGCUCAAGGCCUAGCUUGGGACUAUAAUAGUUUCCUGAUAUUUGCAUUUCUAAACGCAGUUGGCACUUCUGGUGUAUAUCCACUCGCCUUCAUUAUAGGCGUGGAAAUGGUUGGUCCCAGUAUGCGCGAAAUGUCCUCGAUAGUUUUAAAUUAUUUUUACGCUGUUGGAGAGGCUUUUGUUGGCGUAAUCGCUUGGCUACUACAGGAUUGGCAACUAUUACAAUGUGCUCUUUCGGUGCCGCCACUCUUCUUUAUCGUCUACUAUUGGUUCGUGCCCGAAUCGGUGCGUUGGCUGAUUGCACGGAAUGAACGUGAAAAAGCGGGUGUGAUUAUAAAACGUGCCGCAGCCGUUAAUAAAAGAGAGCUCUCCCUGGCGCUGUUGGCGAGUUUUAAAACCGAAAACUGUGUACCGCCGCCAGUAACACCCACAAAAUCGGGAACGACGAGAGCCACAUAUAAUUGCUUGGAUUUGGAGAAAUUCAAUGGAAAUGGCCGUGAAGGAAGCAAUGAAAUUUGGAAAGCCGUUUGUGAAAUAUUCAAAUCAAAAACACUGCUACUACGCUACGCAAUAAUGAUGUAUAUUUGGGCAAUUAACGCUGUCGUUUUCUAUGGACUCUCCCUCAACUCGACGAAUCUUAGCGGUAACAAAUAUUUGAAUUUCGUUUUAGUCUGUCUCAUAGAAAUUCCGGGUUACACAUUAGCUUGGAUAUCACUGCGAAAGUUUGGUCGACGCUGCGCCUUGUCGGGCUCACUCUUUCUCUGUGCAGUCACUUGUGUCGCUGGCGGUUACAUAACAAAAGGUUCCACUGGUGCUAUUGUGACACUUUUUCUCAUUGGAAAAUUAGGAAUUACCUCAUCAUUCGCAGUAAUUUACACAUAUACAGCCGAAAUGAUGCCCACGUUGAUACGAAGUGGCGGAGUUGGCGUCAUGUCUACAUUUGCUCGUUUUGGCGCUAUGCUUGCACCUUUUGUGCCACUUUUGGGAACUUAUUACGAAGCUCUACCUCUACUAUUGUUUGGCGCUGCAUCCCUAUCAGCGGGUAUUUUGGGGCUGUUCUUGCCAGAAACAUUCCGAAAGAAAUUACCAGAUACGGUCGCCGAAGCAAAACAAUUGGACAAAGAUAAGACUAACAAGAAACCAUCCAGCGCUACAGUUGUAUUUGAUGAGCCAGCAGCUGUUAGUAUCAAUAACGACGUAGAUGGCACAACAAGUAGCGAUGAAAUGCAACCCAGAUCUGCACCCCGACACGCUGACAAAUGAAUUAAGGUUAAAUCAUAUUUUUAUAACUUAUUAUAAUAAG